AUGGAAGCCGCGAGCACCCUCGCGGCCGAUUCUAUGAGCUUUUACGAUGGCGACGUGCCUGGUAAAACGCCGGGCCUUCUGUACAAGAAGCCCGACCCCGAGCUCUGGUGGUGGGCAGGAGGCGUUCUCUUUGGCACCAUCAUUGAAUACUCUCACUACACAAAGGACACGAAAUAUAACGCCGCCACCAAGGCGGCCAUGGUCCACCAAGCUGGCGCGAACCAAGACUUUCUCACGCCCAACUGGACUGCCCACAUGGGAAACGACGACCAAGGGUUUUGGGGAUUGUCUGCAAUGUCAGCUGCCGAGACCAACUUCGAUAACCCCGAACCCAACGAACCCCAGUGGCUAGCAACUGCCCAGGGUGUCUUCAACACAAUGGCGGCUCCUGAACGUCACGACCAAGUAUGCGGAGGAGGCCUCCGAUGGCAGCUCAACUUGUAUAGCAAGGGUUACAACUAUAAAAACAGCAUUUCCAACGGCCUCUUCUUCAACCUGGGCGCGAGACUGGCCCGGUAUACCGGGAACAAAACGUACGAAGAACGGGCCAACCAGGUGUGGGACUGGGAGCGCAAAGUGGGCUUGAUCACCGACACCUACGCCGUAUACGACGGGGCUUCUGAUGCGGACAACUGCGCCAAUAUCGAUACAUCCGAGUACACAUAUAACUCUGGCGUCUUCCUUCAUGGUGCAGCGUUCUUGUAUAACUUUACCGACGGGUCUCCGAUAUGGCGCGAACGAGUCGAGGGGUUGCUGGAUCAUAUGCUCGCCAAAUUCUUUCCCAAUAAGAUCGCCGUCGAGGUUGUCUGCCAGAACGACGAGACAAACCUGUGCGAACGCGACUCGUUGAUCUUCAAGGGUGUAGUCCAUCGUUGGCUCGCCAAUGUCGCCCAAAUCGCCCCCUUUACCGCCGAAAAGAUACUUCCAGUGCUGAAGGAGUCAGCCAAGGCUGCCGUGAGCCAAUGCACGGGCGGCGACAACGGCCGUAUGUGCGGCUUCCAAUGGUCGUCGGGGAAAUACGACGGCAAGACCAAUGUUGGCACCGAGAUGAGUGUCCUGAGUGCCGUCGUUUCUGUCUUGGGUUUGAGGACACACGCUCCCGGGCCAAUUACUGAGCAAACGGGUGGGACCAGCCAAGGAGACUCUACCGCCGGUGCCGGCGCUGGAGGGGGAAAUACUCCGGUACUGUCGCCCAUUACCGUGGGAAGCAAGGUGGCCGCCAGUUUUCUUACCCUGGUUGUUCUCCUGGGUAUUGUCGGUAUUCAGGUGUGGAUGAUCUUAGAGUAG